UCACCUGUCCAUUCACUUCUACCUGAGACUCACCGGGGCUGCACGCGCUGUGGGGACAGGGGGAGCAGCGCGGGGAUUUCAAGUUUUUAUUUAAAGAAAUAAACUCACAAACACUGAGCAGCUUCCGGUUCCAUUUUUUUUUUUCAGAUUAAGACUCUUGUUCUUUUGAGGACUCGGGCUUCAGGUCUGAUCUGAACUGAAUCUGGACGUUGAACGGGACCUGAGGGAUCCGGAUCAGAACCAUCAGGAGGGCUGACGAGGACCAGGACUGGGACCAGGACCAGGAUCCGGAGGAUGUCCCGGGCGGAGGAGCGGGAGGAGGCGGACUGUGUGUGUUCAGUCGGGAUGAAGUUAACGUGGGACAUCAACGACCCCAAACUGCCGCAGGACACAAAGCAGUUCGACCUGUUCCAGGAGUGGACAGACGGCUAUGUCCGGUACAUCUACAGUGCUGAAGAUAAAAACGCUCAGCGGCAUCUGUCCGGCUGGGCGAUGAGAAACACCAAUAACCACAACUGCCAGAUCCUGAAAAAGUCGUGCCUGGGGGUGGUGGUCUGUUCUCGAGGCUGCACGCUGCCCGACGGAUCCAGGCUACAGCUCCGCCCCGCCAUCUGUGAUAAAGCGCGGCAGAAACAGCAGAAGAAGCUGUGUCCGAGCUGUAACGCUGCUCUGGAGCUCCUGCCGUGUCGCGGCCACAGCGGUUACCCCGUCACAAACUUCUGGAGAGUCGACGGGAAGGCCAUCUUCUUCCAGGCUAAAGGGGUCCACGAUCAUCCCAGACCAGAGUCCAAGUCUGAGACUGAAGCCAGAAGAAGUUCAGUGAAGAGAAGAGUCAGUUCACCUCCGUUCACACCGAAAAGACGACUGAUCGAAACACAGGCUCUGGGCCCCGCCCUCCUCUCCUGCGUUGAACCAGCAGACAGAAUCUCCUUCAUCGAACCAAACUUCCCACAGCAUUACCCAGCAUUCCAGAGCCCAGAGCCCUAUUACAACCCCCACAAUGCUCUGGGCGAGGCCACACCCACACUGCAGAAACCAGCCAAUCCUAGGCUUUAUAUGGGUCGGCCCAGCUACGAGUUCCAAGGAUACCUUACCUCACCUUCGUAUCCUGUGACCUCUGACCUCUGUGACCCCAGGGUGACCCCAGUCUUGGGUUCCUCCUCCUCCUCUUCUUCAUCGUCGGCUCCUCUCUCCUCCUCCUCCUCCUUUGACGCCCAGGCCAAACCUCCUCCUGGCUGGAAGGAGCUGCUGAAGAGCUCCUCUCCCUAUGGCGACAACCACCAUUAUUACAGCACAGAGUACCCCUGCCGUUACCCCGGCAACCCCCCGGGGUCCCCCGCAGCGUUGCAGACCAUCAUUACCACGACAACCAAGGUGUCCUAUCAGCCCUGUCCAAAGCCUCCUGCAACGCUCCCUCCCUACCAGUCAUGUCCCAAACCUCCGGCCGGCCUCCCAUCUUACCAGCCGUGUGCCCCCCCCAAAACCCCGGGCCUCCCCGGCUGUUCCUCCCUGCUGGACGACGCAUCCUCCUCGUACUCCACAGAGGUGAAGGUGACGGAGGAGUCGGGCGGGGUCAUCAAGUCUCUGUCGUUUCAGCCCGAACCUCUGCAGACUAAAACAGAGCGGGCCGACAGCUACGACUACCGCUACGCCUACCCCAACACGUACCGCUACGACGACUACUGACGCAGCCCUACCUCCACCGCUGAUACCACGACUACUGUUACCACGACUACUGCUACUGCUGAUGAUGUGUCUCCACCGAAUGGUCUAACGACUGAUGUGGACCAUCAGGACAAGAAUUUUGAUUCCAUGAGAAAAGUUCUUAACAUUCAUGGAGCCUCUCUUGUUCCCAAAGGAAAAUCCUUCUUCAUCGAUCACACUGACUUCCCUCUAGCGCUCCCUUCAGGACAAAAGUGAAAGCUUUGUGCACAAGAUCCAUAAAUAAAACAAACUUACUUGGUGUUUUUGAGGCUUUCAGACGUCCUGUGAUCUUUCCCAGCAAACAGAGUUGCUCAGCUGUCAUUUAAUGGUGCGAUGUGUUGCAUCUUAUUGGGUCCACAGGAAUCAGAUAUGUUUCUUUAACUGAGAAACUCCAUCUGCUGAGGAAGUCCAUGAGAUGUGGCUAAAAGCUUCUUUGUUUCCAGAGUCAAGAAUAAACAUUCAAACUCAGGAUUAUUUUGAGAUAAAGUUAGAGAGAGAACCAGGUCUGCGUUACAACCGUUCAAAUCCUCCGUCUGAUCCAAGGAAUCAGAAAUAAUCUGAAUCUUCUCCGAAGAUGUUUUGAUGUCACUGCAUUCAGAAAUGAAACUGAUCAUCGUGAAUGUUUCUGUUGUUUGGGUUAUUUAUUGAACCAGUUAGACCUACAGUAUGAACCAGAACCAGAACCAGACUGAACUGGACUCAUCGUGGAUAGUAUUGGAUAAGUGUUGUGAUAUUCUCUACGUGUACUGCAUCUGUCCCAAUCAAAUAAACAUGAAAUCAGAUC